CGCCUAUCUCUUUUCUCUUCAGGAAGGACGGACCGUCCCGACACGAGUCAGCUUUCUUUUAUUGUCUUUGGCAGUAUUGCAUUGCAAUAGUGCAGGUCCAGCUACGCUCAUGAGUGUGAACGCAAAAGUAGUCAUUAUAGGAUGCGGGAUAUCAGGUAUAGCGGCGGCACACCGACUGGCUAACGCUGGAUUUCAUCAUGUGCGGAUACUUGAAGCGACGGCAAGAAGCGGAGGAAGAAUUAAAACCGGCAGAUUGGGUGAUAACAUUGUUGAGAUAGGAGCAAACUGGAUUCAUGGACCAUCCGAGGAGAACCCAGUGUUUUGUCUUGCCCGUCAGUACAGGCUGCUGGAUCCAGAGGCCCUCACCCCAGAGAACCAGGCCAUGGACGUCGGAGGACACCCCCCCUGGGUUCCAAACAUUUUCAGCAGUUCAGGUCGGAAGCUGAACCCUGAGGACAUCUAUCCUGCUCUGGAGAUGUUUGCUGAGCUGAUGUAUGAGAGUUCAGAAUUUGAGAGUCAAGGAGGAGAACCCUGGGCUUGUGUGGGAGAUUUCAUACGGUCAGAGGCUAAACGACGAGCAGCAGAGGAGUGGAAAGAUAUUGAUGCAACCACCAGAUCUCUGCGACUGUGUGUGAUCAGUAACUUGUUGAAGGUGGAGUGCUGUGUUAAUGGCUCUCCCAGCAUGGAUGAGGUGGGCCUGGGGGCAUAUGGCUUAUACAAGACUCUACCUGGACUGGACUGUACAUUCCCAGCUGGCUAUGAAGGUCUAAUCAAAAACUUGAUGUCGGAGCUUCCCAGUGGUUUAGUGACCUACAAUCAGGCUGUUCGCUGUGUCCACUGGAACAACACAGAGAAGAGAGAAAACCCUGUGACGAUCGAGUGUGAUGAUGGGGAGAGGAUUGUUUCUGAUCAUGUUAUUGUCACAGUACCUCUAGGAUACCUAAAGAAGCACCAUUCAGCACUGUUUCGUCCUCUUCUCCCUCUUCACAAGCUGCACUCCAUCCAGCGACUAGGUUUUGGAACAAACAAUAAAAUAUUUGUGGAGUUUGAUUCACCGUGGUGGGAUGCUGACUGUGAGAUAAUCCAUCUUGUGUGGGAAGAUGAGGAUGUAAUGGUGGACUACGUGCCAGAUGUACAGAGAUCCUGGAUAAAGAAGUUGUUUGGCUUCACUGUGCUGAAACCUACCGAAAGGUAUGGCCAUGUUUUGUGUGGCUGGAUUGCUGGGCAUGAGUCAGAGUAUAUGGAGACACUGUCCGAACAAGAGGUCACACACACCAUCUCACAAAUCAUCCACAGAUUUACAGGAAACCCUACCAUCACCCCUAGGAGAGUCCUGCGCUCCCAGUGGUUUCAUGACCCCUGGACAUGUGGAUCAUACAGUUACCCAGGAAAAGGCUGUUCAGCGCAGGACCUGGACAACAUGAUGGAGCCCCUGCCUACGAAGGGAUCACAGUCACAACCCCUGCAGGUGUUGUUUGCUGGAGAGGCUACUCAUCCCUGCUACUACUCAACCGUCCAUGGAGCUCUCCUCACUGGGUGGAGAGAAGCUGACAGACUCAUCUCUCACUACUCCUCCAUCAGUCCGUCGGAGCCACCCAAGUCCAAGCUUUAAAAGAACAACACUACUUUGACAGAGAUUUAUCAUAUGUAUGGCUCAAAUCUGCAACUUCAAGCUAUCAUCUCAUAGUUUAUUUGGAGGAUUGUGUGGGAGCCUGCAUUUUUAUUUAAAUCAGUCACUUAAAGUGCUCAUAUUAUGCUUUUUGGCUUGUUGUUUUGUGCACGUUUAUUAUAGGUUUACAAAGUGAAAAAGCCCAAAGUCCACCC